CACAGCCUGAGAGCAACAGGCAGGGAGGAGAGGGACAGAGGGGCUGAGUGGAGGCUAAGAUCGUGGGACUUUCAAGCAUCUCAGGAGGAGAAAUUACAGCUUGGGCUGUCUUGGAGACAUUUAAAGCAGCUUAUCCAGGAUGCACCAUGAGGAGAUCUCGCCCAUGCUGCGACCCAGAUAUGGCUCCAUCGUUGAUGAUGAGCGGCUUUCUGCAGAGGAAAUGGAUGAAAGGAGAAGACAGAAUAUUGCCUAUGAGUACUUGUGUCAUCUAGAGGAAGCAAAGAGGUGGAUGGAGGCCUGCUUAGUUGAAGAACUGCCGCCAACCACAGAAUUGGAAGAAGGGUUGCGAAAUGGGGUCUACCUGGCAAAGCUAGGCAGAUUUUUCGCUCCAAAGAUGAUCUCUGAAAAAAAGAUUUAUGAUGUGGAGCAGACACGUUUUAAGCGUUCCGGCCUUCAUUUCCGACACACCGAUAAUACCGUACAGUGGUUGAGAGCCAUGGAGUCAAUCGGGUUACCUAAGAUAUUUUAUCCAGAGACAACAGAUGUUUAUGAUCGGAAAAACAUUCCACGUGUCAUAUACUGCAUUCAUGCACUAAGUUUGUAUCUCUUCAAACUUGGCAUUGCCCCUCAAAUACAGGAUUUACUGGGAAAAGUGGACUUUACUGAGGAGGAAAUCAGCAACAUGAGGAAAGAACUGGAGAAAUAUGGUAUUCAAAUGCCAUCGUUUAGUAAAAUUGGUGGGAUUUUAGCCAACGAACUAUCUGUGGAUGAAGCUGCGUUACACGCUGCAGUGAUUGCCAUUAAUGAAGCUUUGGACAAAGGCAUUGCUAAUCAGACAAUGGUGACACUAAGAAAUCCCAAUGCGAUGCUUUUAAAUGUGGAGGAGGGUCUAGCAGAACAGUACCAUAAUGAGCUAUCGCAGGCUAAGAAAAUUAAAGAGGACAAUGCCAAGUUAAAGAAUAGCACUAUUUCUGAAGAGGAAAGGGAUGUAUAUGAAGAAUUACUCACACAAGCAGAGAUACAAGGCCAUAUCAAUAAGGUUAACACCAAUGUAGCCUUAGUCCAAGUAAAUGAGGCCAUUGACAGGAAGGAUGAAGUUGCUUUAAAACAAGUUCUGAUGCUUCCUGUUCUGAGCCUUUUUGAAGUCCAACCACAAAAUUCACCAUGGUACCUGACUCAGUUGAGUAACUCUAAAGACCAGAAAACGCAGAAAGCAGGUGUCCUCAGUUCUCUUGACAAAAACGAGAUUCAGAAAGACGUUAGUGUUGCCAAUAAGGAAGCUGAGGCUCAUGUUCUUAUGUUGGGUGCAGUUGAAAGAAUCAACAAUGCAAUUCGCAAUGGUGAUUCAGUCCAGACCUUGGCAGCCCUUAUGCUUCCAGAGGCUCAUCUUCCAGUUGUUCAUCCAUUUGCUGAGGCUUUGUAUCAGGCAGAACUCUCCAGCUUGCAAAACCAAAACCCAACGAAUUACUUAAUGCAGGAGGAACUCUUUAUUGCAGUGGAGAUGUUGUCUGCAGUCGCUUUGGUUAACCAGGCUCUGGACACAAAUGAUAUAAAUGCUUUGCAGACACAUCUUGCCAGCCAGUCAAUAGGGCUCAGCAACUUGGAAGAGGAUAACAUGCAACGGUAUGUUGGAACACUGGCAUCUAUUAAGAAGGAAGCCUCAGCCAAAGGACAAAACUAUUUAAACUGGAAUGAAAUUCAGAGCUGCAUUGAACUUGUUAAUGGCGAAAUCCAGGAAGAAAAUGAAAGGAUAAUUGCAAUUGGCAUAAUUAAUGAGGCCAUUGAUCAGGGAGAUCCUCAAAUAACUCUAGAAGCCCUUUUGUCUCCAAGUGCCAAACUUGAAGCUGUUUCUCCAGAAAAUGCCUGGCAUUAUCAAGAUGUCCUCCAGCAUGACAAGGCUCAGAAAUGCAAGGAUUCUAAAGAUGAAUCUGCUGCUCUUUGGUUGGAUGAAAUACAAAGAGGGAUCCACAGUUCAAACCAAGACACUGAAGAUGCUCAUAAGUUGGCAUCAGGGGUGGCAGAAAUUAACUUGGCUUUGGAUAAGAAUGAAGAUCAGCAUACUCUGCUGGCCUUGCAAUCGUCCAGGACAGGGUUAAAGGGAGUGCUUGCAGAGUGUUCAAAAGCGUAUCACAAGGACCUGUAUGAAGCCAAGAUGCAAAAAUACAAAGAAGGGACAGAGGAGGGCUCCUGGCUAAAGAUAAGACUAAAAGAUAAAUAUGACUAUUACUACAAUGUUGACACAGAAAGAGGACAGUGGUCUCAACCAGAAGAAAUUACUCCAAAGAGUUCUUGGCUUUCCCGGGAAGAAAUUCAGGCUAUUAUUGGAAAAAUUACAGCAGAUUAUAACAGAGAACAGCUAUGGAUGGCCAACGAAAACCUAAUCAUUCUAUUACAAGCACAGAUAAGGGGAUAUCUCCUCAGAAAAGCUUUCAAGGAGAGAAAAGACUACCUUCAUCAGCAGGAGCCUUAUGCUAUAAAACUCCAGGCUUCUUGGAAAGGAUAUAAACAAAGGAAAUCGUACACGGGCAGACUGAAAGUAUUGCAGGGAAACAUCGUGGGUAUAGUAAAGAUUCAGUCUUGGUACCGGAUGUUAAAAGCAAGAAAAGAAUACCAGAAAAGGCUCAAAUAUUUCAAGGAACACGAGAAGGAAAUCAUAAAAAUACAAGCAUUCCUUAAGGCUAAUAAGGCCAGAGAAGAUUACCGAACACUAAUUAGUUCUGAAACUCCCCCAUUGAGCGUUGUCCGGAAAUUUGUCCAUCUUCUGGAUCAAAGUGAUUUGGACUUUCAGGAAGAACUGGAGGUAACAAGACUGAGAGAGGAAGUGGUCACAAAAAUUAGGUCAAACCAGCAGCUUGAAAAAGAUCUUAACCUCAUGGACAUUAAAAUUGGAUUGCUGGUGAAGAACAGAAUAACGUUACAGGAUGUUGUCUCGCACAGUAAGAAGCUGAACAAGAAAAGCAAAGGCCAGGUAGAAGAGAUGCUGACGGUGGACAAGCAGGGGAUUAAAGGGCUGAGCAAAGAGAAGAGAAAAAAGCUGGAAGCCUAUCAGCACCUUUUUUACCUUCUACAGACUAACCCAACAUAUUUGGCCAAGCUGAUCUUCCAGAUGCCACAGAAUAAGUCAACCAAGUUUAUGGACACCGUAAUCUUUACACUAUAUAACUAUGCCUCUAAUCAACGAGAGGAGUACCUACUGCUUAAGCUUUUUGAAACCGCUCUCCAAGAGGAAAUAAAGUCAAAGGUAGACCAAAUACAAGACAUAGUCACUGGAAACCCAACCGUGAUAAAAAUGGUGGUCAGCUUUAACAGAGGAGCCCGGGGGCAGAACACACUGAGACAGUUGCUGGCGCCCGUAGUUAAAGAAAUUAUUGAAGAUAAGUCUCUCAUCAUCAACACCAGUCCUGUGGAGGUGUACAAAGCAUGGGUGAAUCAUCUAGAAACCGAAACCGGAGAGGCAAGCAAGCUGCCGUAUGAUGUUACAACAGAACAAGCUUUGUCCCAUCCAGAGGUCAUCAGCAAGUUAGAGUCUUCAAUCCAAAGCCUCCGAACGGUGACUGACAAAGUUCUCCAGUCCAUAUUCUCGUCGCUGGAUCUGAUCCCUUAUGGAAUGAGAUAUGUAGCGAAAGUGUUGAAAAAUUCCCUGCACGAGAAAUUCCCUGAUGCAACAGAGGAUGAACUUUUAAAGAUUGUUGGAAACCUACUGUAUUACCGGUACAUGAACCCAGCCAUCGUCGCCCCUGAUGGUUUUGACAUUAUUGACAUGACAGCCGGUGGACAGAUACAUUCGGACCAGAGGAGAAACCUGGGUUCUGUGGCUAAAGUGCUCCAACACGCAGCUUCCAAUAAACUAUUUGAGGGAGAAAAUGCCCACAUGUCUUCCAUGAACAACUAUCUGUCUCAAACAUACCAGAAAUUCAGGAAAUUCUUUCAGGCAGCCUGUGAGGUUCCUGAACCAGAGGAAAAGUUUAAUAUUGAUGAGUUUUCAGAUUUGGUGACUCUGAGCAAGCCUGUAAUCUACAUCUCUAUUGAAGAAAUCAUCAAUACCCACUCGCUGCUUCUAGAACAUCAAGAUGCAAUUUCUCCCGACCACAAUGACGUUCUGCAUGAGCUGCUCGAAGGACUCGGAACGGUCCCUGACGUUGAAUCUUUUCUUGGCGAGGGGGCUGUUGAUUCCAGCGACCCCAACAAAGAAAGUGCUCUGAGUCAGCUGGCAAAGACCGAAAUAUCCCUCUCCUUAACCAGCAAGUUUGAGGUACGAGAAGGUGAACUUAAAGACAUGAAGAGCUUGAUGAUCAAGACUAAGAAGCUGAUAGUAGAUGUUAUCCGCACGCAGUCUGGUGACACAUUGAUGGAAAUCCUGGAAACGCCAGCAACUGUGCCACAGGAAAAUGAACACUUAAAAGUGAUAGAGAAGAGAGUAGCUUUAGAUGCCAAGACCCCGGAUAAAAUGAAAAGGAGCCAAUCUGUUCUGGAAGACGGCCAGCUUCCCUUGGAACAAAAGAAGAGAAAAAUCCUUCGAAACCUUCGGACUCUGGAACAAGCUGGGCUAGUAACCGAAGGAAUGAAGUACCAAGAGAUUAUCAAUGAAAUUGCGAAGGAUAUCCGUAACCAAAGAAGACACAGACAGCGCAGAAAAGCUGAACUAGUAAAACUUCAGCAGACCCUGAAUGCGCUCAACUCCAAAACAGCCUUCUUUGAGGAUCAGAUAAAUUAUUACAACACGUACAUCAAAACCUGUUUGGAUAAUUUAACUAGAAAGAAUUCAAGGCGUUCUAUUAAGGUAGAUGGUAAAGGGGAAGAAAAGACCUCGAAGAAAAUGAAGCAGUCCGCACUUCGAUACACAGCUGCGAGAUUACACGAGAAAGGCGUCAUCUUGGAGAUAGAAGGACUUCAGACCAACCAGUUCAAAAACGUUCUGUUUGAUAUUACACCUGGUGAUGAAGUUGGUGACUUUGAAGUUAAAGCAAAAUUUCUUGGUGUUGAGAUGGAAAAAGUCCAGCUGCACUUCCAGGAUUUGCUCCAGAUGCAGUAUGACGGAGUUGCCGUAAUGAAAAUGUUCGACAAAGCAAAAGUCAAUGUGAACCUCCUUAUAUUUCUCAUAAACAGGAAAUUUUAUGGGAAAUAAAUAGAGAUGGAUGGGAUCCUUACAUCCAUUUCAACAUACAUUUUUCUUUGUAAUUUGUUUUUGUUAAUUUAAUAUAUUAAUUGAGGAGAUAUUAUGAAAAAUCUUUUUGAUUUAUGGGGAAUGUAAUUAAAUAACCAAAAUUGUUCAGUUAAUUGUACAAUGGUGCCUUUAUCCCUUUGAGUGCCAGGUGAAGGUGAGCAAUGCAUUGAUUGGUAUUGCUAUUGGCAUUUAAAGGGUAAUCUCCUUCAGUGUCAAUGAGGUCAUUGUAUGUGUUAUUCAAUUGAUAUUUUGAAGGAAAGUGCAGUGUGAUAUACGGCUCGAAGCACUGCCCAUGCUACAGAUCCUGUGAUUUCUCAGUGGGUCAUCACAAUAAUGUAAACGCUUGCAGUUUUAUUUUAUUUUUUAAAUCAUUAGUUUGAGAAAAGUGCACUAUACGGUAUGGAUAAAGUAAAAAAAAAUUAAAAAAAAUUCCUACCAUAUUUUAUUUUUUUGUCAAAAUGGGGGUCUUUAAAAGGAAAAAAAAACAAAAAAAAACUGUAUACGUAGAAAAAAAAAUACAUAUUGUCUAUAGUCUUUAAUAUACAAAUCAAAUGGAUUCAUUUGAUUUCAGACUUUAAAUAUAGUGUAAUAAAAUUGUAUUUUUGGAAGAGUCAGUUCAGACAGCAGGUAAACUAAAACUUUUGUCCGUUGUCAAGGUGAAUUUUUUGCAAUUUUGUAAUUUUUUUUUUUUUUUAAAGUAACACAUAAUUUAUAAAUGGCAGGAGAUUAAUUGAUGUAGCCCUGCAUGAUUUUAGUUUCCAGGUUAUUGCACUACUGUCUGUUGGCCCUUGUAUCCAUUCUGCAUGGCUGCAAGAUACCAGGGCAAUGGCUGACGGUUGUUUUGAUGAGACAUUCUGCCACCCAAGUGCUGAAAGUGGAGUCUGCAAUGCUUUGUGCUCAGUUUGUUUGCUCCCCAGCACUUGAAGGGUUACACAACUUUAGUUUGUGCCUUUCUAUGUCUGCUGCUCUGUCUGUAAUUUUCUUUUUUAAUGCAAUAAAAAUCCAUUGUUUCAUUAAAA